UUUCUUCCGGGCUUCCGUACUGACCAAAGUCACAUGCUGCAGCACAACAAAAAUAAGGAAGUCUGGGUGGUGGUGUGAGAAGAUAGGAACGCUUCUCUGGCGAAAAAGAUGAGGUUUUUAGCCGUUUCUGUGUUUUUUAUUUGCUGUUGUCGCUCACAUGGAGUGACAGCAGCAGACAAGCCGAUUCAGACGUUUGUAAUCCCUCACAGUCACAUGGAUGUUGGCUGGGUGUACACUAUUCAGGAGAGCAUGCACGCCUAUGCAGCCAAUGUGUACACCAGUGUGACUGAGGAGCUGUCAAAGGCCAAGGACCGCAGGUUCAUCGCCGUGGAGCAGGAGUUCUUUCGACUGUGGUGGGAUACCGUGGCCACAGGCUCUCAUAAGAGACAAGUGCGGCAGCUGGUGAAAGAAGGCCGGCUUGAGUUCAUCAUCGGUGGCCAGGUGAUGCACGAUGAGGCUGUGACCGAUCUAGAUGAUGAGAUAUUGCAAAUGACAGAGGGACACGGUUUCCUCUACGAGACAUUUGGGGUGCGGCCCCAGUUCUCCUGGCACGUGGAUCCGUUCGGAGCCUCGGCCACCACGCCCGUCCUCUUCGCCCUGGCCGGGUUCGACGCCCACCUCAUCUCCCGCAUCGACUACGACCUCAAAGACACCAUGCAGAAAAACAAGAAACUACAGUUUGUGUGGAGAGGUUCCCGCUCCCUGAAGGAGAAGCAGCAGAUCUUCACUCACGUUAUGGACCAGUUUAGUUAUUGCACCCCGUCAUACGUGCCAUUCUCCAACAGCUCUGGUUUCUAUUGGAAUGGAGUCGCCUUGUUCCCUGACCCCCCUAAAGACGGAGUUUACCCCAACAUGAGCGUGCCCGUCACCAAGGAGACGGUACACCCAUACGCCAAGACUAUGGUGGAGAACAUCAAGCAGAGGGCUGCGUGGUUUAGGACGAGUCACGUGCUGUGGCCGUGGGGCUGUGACAAGCAGUUCUACAACUCAUCUGUCCAGUUCAACAACAUGGAUCCUCUAAUGAAGUACAUCAACCACAACAGCAAAGACUUCGGGGUGACGGUCCAGUACGCCACUCUCGGUGAAUACUUCCAAGCCAUCCACCAGUCAGAUCUUGUCUGGGAGCAGCGUGGAAAUGAAGAUUUUCUGCCCUAUUCCACCGAGCCGCAGCAGGCGUGGACAGGGUUUUAUGCCUCCAGAAAUGUUCUGAAAGGAGUGGCACGGCGGGCCAGUGCCCAGCUGCAUGCAGCGGAGACUCUCUUCACCCGUUACCGAAUCAGCUUCCCUGACGGACCCGUGGCCAAAGACUGGGCGCUGGACAAACUGAGGGCGCUCCGCUGGGCUGUCUCAGAGGUGCAGCACCAUGAUGGCAUCACUGGCACAGAGUCUCCCAAAGUGGCAGACAUGUACGUGCAGCAUCUCCUGCAGGCCAUGAUGGGAGUGGAGGAGCUUCUGGCCGCACUCUUCCUGCUGCCCCACAACCUUGAAUUACCCAGCAUCCUCGGGACCCGCUACCACAGGAAAGGUGUUCAUCAGGCUCUGGAGCAACAUGUCAUUGUUUACAACCCGUUAGCGUGGAACACAACAACUGUCAUCAACUUCACUGUGAUGUUCCCCACCGCUGCUGUCUUCGAUGAUGCCGGACAGCCGGUGCCUGCACAGAUCCAGAGGUCAGCGCACUCCAAUGGCACCUACGAUCUGUUCAUUAUGGUGGAACUCGGAGGCCUUCAGCACAGGAAAUACCUGAUUAAGUUCUCCGAGAAGCAAUGCUCCGGCACGCUCAAGUGUGGCUGGACUUACGAAGCCAAGGGGGUUCUGUUCGAGAGGCUCAACGUCCGGGACUGGUUGAAAACAGGGAGGAGGCUCCUGCCUGUUCUGAACCAAUGUUACAAGCUGAUGUUUGACCAGGAUACAAAUCUGCUGCACAGCAUCACUUAUCUUCAAGAGAAAAGGCGAGUAAGGAUGACUCAGGAUUUCUGGGAGUACCACGCAAACGGAGACGUAAAAGCGGGCCCCAUCUCUGAUAACUACAUCUUCAGCGCCAACGGUUCGGCAGUGCGCGCCUACAAGGCUGUGGCGAUGGAGAUCAUCCCCGGGAAGAUUGUGACGGAGAUAAGGCAGCUCUUCUUCCGAGAGGAAGGCGAUCAAGACUACGCCUUCUCCAUCACCACCCGUGUCCCAGAGUGCUUUGGGAGCAGAUUGCCGUGUCACAGGCUGGAGCAGGCGUAUUCACUGGGGCCGCUCCGCCUCAACACGGAGGUCGUCCUCAGAACCAGCUCCUCCUUGGAGAACAACAGGACCCUGUACACAGACGACAACGGCUAUCAGAUGAUGAAGAGGACGCACAGGAAGUUCGUGAAUAACACCGUGGCAAGGAACUACUUCCCCAUGGUUCGGACAGCCUACAUUGAGGACGAUCGCAGCAGACUGGUGCUGGUCAGCGACAGAGCUCACGGCGUGUCCAGCCAAGCUGACGGACAACUCGAGGUCAUGCUCCAUCGACGUCUUUGGAACAAUUUGGCCUGGAACCUCGGCUACAACCUGACCCUGAACGACAGCUCGGUGGUGAGGCCCACCCUGUGGAUGAUGCUGGGCUCUGUCAGUGCCACCUCCGGGCUUUACCAGAGGGAGGCGAUAGAGCUGCAGCACAGACCCGUCGUCAUGCCCAUCGACCAGCCUCAAAGACCCUGGCAGGAGAAGGAACCCAAAGAACAUUCUCCUCUGCAUUCAGUCGUCCUCCCGCCGAAUCUCCACCUGCUCAGCCUCAGCAUCCCCGGGUGGAACUACAGCUCCAAUCACAGUGUUCACCUCAGCCACGUUCACUCGGGCAAUGACAUGCGCUCAGAGCCAGACUACGACCGGGUCCUGUUGAGGAUCAUGCAUCUCUUCGAGGAGGGAGAAGACCCCGAGCUUUCAAAGCCAGUCACCAUAAACCUGAAGGAUGUUCUGCGGGGCAUAGGGGAAGUAAAAGUGCUGGAGGAGCGAUCUCUCACAGGAACCUGGGACAUCACAAGUCUGCAGAGGUGGAAGUGGAAGACGGCAGACAACUUGGAAACGAACAACAACAGCUGUCAGAGCUGUGGAGGCGACGCUUUCACCGUGACCAUCUCACUCAAAGAGAUCAGGACCUUCUUUGUCCACUUCACCUCCGGGAACUUUUAGGCCAGAACUGUGUUUUGUCUUCUGUGAAGAUAACCAAUCCUUAGACACAAUAUGAGAUCACUUUUCUUCUUUUUUUUUUUUUAAACAUGUGAUUCCUGGUGUCACUGAUGAUUAACGCUCUUUCUGCAGAUCAUGUUACUUUGUUGGGAGGCACUAAUGUUGUUGAUGAGGUUUUUCGAUUCCCUGAUGACUCUCACCGAAUAAACUUGAUUAUUACUGUCAAA